AUGAAAAAGGCGAAGCAAGGCCCAUCAGGCAGUCCGAGCGUCUUGGAGAUUGACAUGACACCUCUUUACAAGCUCAAUGUGAGAGCAGUAAUGGGGAUCGCUUUGCACGUGAUGAUGGGUGCGCCUGCGUUGACAGUCGCUGCGAUGUUGCUAGAUCAGAAGCUGGCAGACCAGACACAGCUGAACGGGUUGUCGGGACGCAUCCUUCUGCUGAAUGUGUUUCAUUGA